AUGGCAGAUCCAUUCUCUCUCGUUGCCAGCCUGAUCGCCCUGGACGCAAAUUUCGACUCACAAGCUGCGCAGAUUGAGGAUCUAAAGGUGGUGUUGCGAACCGUCAAGCGAAUUGCCAAGGACGCAUCCAUAGAUGCGGACGACGACGCUAUCCUUCGUUUCCAGCAACUCUUUAUCCGAGAAAAAGAAGCUGUUGAAGAGACCAAUGACCUCGUCAAACCCAGACUCGUAAAAAACCCAGAAAGUCUUGGGGAAGCCCGGCUCACGACAAAAGUUCGGAAGAUCAAAUUCCUCAGGGAGGAAAAACACUUGGAAGAGCUAAAUGCGCGGCUGUCUGAUAUUAUUCAAGGCUUCAGUACCGCCCUCCAAUGUAUUACGGCUUUGGAACUGCUGAGCCUGAGAGUUACUCACGGAGCUCUUCAGUUCGGCAUCACCCAACUGAUCGAGUCUGAUCGAGUCACUGACCAAGGGGAGAGCUCAAGAGUUCAUGAGAUCCCCGAUACAAGCGACACGUUAUCUGUUCUUGAUGAUGAAUCCACAGUUGAGAAUACCGCUAACGAGACCCUUGCGAGGGUGGAAGUGAUGAUUACAGAAGAAGAACUACUGAACCUCUGCAGCUGUUCAUGCCAUACUUACUACGCGGCUAAAGUGCCGAACUGGCUCGGUGAUGCGAUCGGAACACUCCUAGCCGCCUGGAAUGCAGCUCAACAACUAUCCGUCUCUCUCUCAACGACUAGAAUGAUACCAGAAGGUUCAAGUAUCUUUCAGUUCGCUCAACACAACAACGUGGAUGGUGUUAGGAGGUUAUUUAUCCAACGGACAGCUUCGCCUUUCGAUAUCAGUAUUAAUGGAAGAACGCCGUUACAUUUUGCAGCAACUGCGGUGAAGGCCGAUAUGAUCAAAUUCCUUUUAGAUGCAGGAGGUAUACCUGAUGCUGAAGAUAGCAAUCACUUAACACCCCAUGAUAUCAUCUGGGAAUUAUAUCUACGAAACCCAAAAGAGCGCGGGUACAUCCUCGAAGCUGCAGGCCUGUCGCCUAGUGACACGUCCACUAGCCUCGAAAAGCAACAGUUUACGGGCGUACAUCGCAUCGUCCUCGGUUUGCGAGGCCUGGUGGACUUGGAUGAUUAUCUUAAACUCUCAGCUACUGAGAUCGACAAGCAAGACUUGACUGGGAAGACUGCACUUGCCUGGGCUGCUUCACGGAAAGGAGACUCACGUCUAGUACGCAUUUUGCUGGAUCAUAACGCAUCGGUACGAAUAGCCGACUAUCGAUAUAAGACGCCGCUACAUUACGCUGCAAAGAGCGAGGAUCCCAAUUCAGUGGCGUUAAUCUUAGAGGCCAUCAAGCAAAUUGAACGAAUGGUCACAGACCCGAGAGGCCGCGGCAUUGAAGCGGGCGACGAUAAGAACCGUACACCCCUCAAUUAUGCAACGCGGAUGAAUCUCUUGCCUCACACCCAACUCCUGAUUGACUACGGCGCGGACCUGGAAGCGACGGGAUCAAAAACAAAGCGAACAAUUCUCCUCAAUGCCUUGUACUGGAAUAGUCAUUUGGUGCUUCCGGUUCUCUUACAGCACGGGGCGAGAACAGACGUUACCGAUGCGGCCGGGGCCACUGUUUUACACCACAUCACGCAAUUUUGUAGUCUAGAAACAGUACAAGUUCUAGCGAAGCAGGAUCUUGGAUACAUCAACCGCAACGCUGUCGAUUCUACUGGACGUACCGCAGUGGAUGUAUUCAAUUCCGAAGACGUGAGAUGCAGUCCUGACAAAGAAAAAGAAAGGAGUCUUGCGGCAGAGGCUUUUGCUGCUAUCUUGGCAAAGGCUAGUCGUCCUCGCAGUGGGACGAGUAGUGAUUUUGGCCUAAAGCUGCAAAACGUCUUUGAAAUAAAGGAGAUCAACGUUCUCGAGCGUGAAGAAGAUUCUGAUGAUGAGAAAACCUUACAUGACGAGAAGGGGGUGCGGAAAGCCGAGGCCACAGAAGAUGGCUGGUUCGAUGCAGAUGAUGACGAUGAUAUCUUCUACGAUGCGCUUCAGGAGCUUCCUACAGAUCAUGUUGUAAUUUAA